AUGCAGCGUGCCGAUGAAAAAGAUCCUUCUUUGCAGCAGCGACCACUUGCUCCCCCGCCAACAAGAAAUGUGCAGCCACAGGCACAGCCGCCGAAAGCCCUACGCUUCGUGACUAACUCUGGAGCUCCCUUGCCCAAAAGACGACGUAUUGGAGCAGCAUGUCAGACUUGUCGCAGGCGUAAGACGGCUUGUAGCGGAGAGCGGCCAGCUUGCGACACUUGCAAGCAGAACAAGGUACAAUGUCUUGGUUACAAUAAUGCAGACUCCGCCGCAGCUCCCACCAACAAGCGAACGUAUUCGGAGACAGAUGCCACACCAGGAUCGGGACCAGAACAGUCUAAUUCCGCGGGCCAUGUGAGAACACAGUCUAUGGGCACUUCAAAUGGAGAUUCUACGCGCAAUUGUGACCCCCACAAGCCUGCACGCAGUCAUUCUGGGGGUCCUUCACCAGCUGCUGCCGACAGCCAGCCACGAUCAAAUGAAGAUGACACAAAGCGAGACUCCUUAUUCUCCGGGCCUCGAAACCGAAUGCCUUAUUUCCGAUGGCUAGGACCAACAGCUAUCAUGCCUGGGUUCAAGCAGAUGGUUGUCAAGGUCAAACGUCAAGACACGGAUGUUGGUCACUCCUCCACCGACGGCGGCAGCAUCCGGUCACCUCCCUUACUCAAUACACUCAGCUCCGAAAGAUCUGGAGCAUCUAUUUACUCUACUCCCGCUGCCAUCGAGUCCGAUAUACGAACGCCACUCAACUUGCCAUUUUACGACACAUCGCCGAUGCCUCCUAGCGAACUUAUCACACACCUGGCGAACACCUUCUUCUCACACCUUGGAUGCAACUAUCCGUUCCUUCAGAGACGCCGAUUUUUACGGGAUCUUGAGGAGAAGCAGGUCGAUGCUAUCCUUGUAGAUGCAGYUUGCGCACUAGCGGCUCGCUUCUCCACACAUACUCUGCUUACACAAGCGGCUCGUGAUGGAGACAACAAUGCGAGCCCCGCCGAGUAUGGUCAUGCAUUCGCUCAGCGCGCAAAGAUGGCACUAGUGGACACAUUUGCAUGUCCUAGCGUAGCUGCUGCGCAGGCUGCUCUGCUUCUUGCCUACAACGAAUUUGGCGAGCAGAGAGACAGUGGACUAUGGAUGUAUCUCGGGAUAUCUAUUCGUCUCGCCCAGGACCUGGGACUGCACAAAUUGGAGGGUCUGCAGCACGUUGGGCGAGACGGACCAACGCCCAAAAUGGUGAAGCGCCAAGGACACAGUGGCACGAAAUCCAACUCCAGUGCGAUAUCGGGCCGCAAUGUUGCAGCAGAAGGUUCGAAAGACAACUCGAAGCAGAAGAGUGAUACAGAGCAGAGUUCCGAGGAGGGCCGCGAGAUUGACGAGACCAGAGCUGUUGAACAGGAACGAGUCGACACUUUCUGGGCCAUUUUCUUCCUUGAUCGGGUUGUGUCUUCUGGAACAGGUCGGAGAGGCACACUUCGCGAUGCUGAAAUCGAAAUAUGUUUUCCUCCCAUGAGUGAUACGCAUAACAAUUCAGACUGGCCUGCUCCAUUCCCAGCCUUGAUUCGCAUCGUUCAUCUUUAUGGUCGAGUAGCAGACUUGCUGAACAGUAUCAAAGAACCCUCGGAUGUCACGACAGAGACACCAAGACGACUUGCGGCGAUGGAGACUCRGGUCACAAAUUUCUACCAAGGUCUUUCCCCAAGACUGCAUUUUGAUGCGGUCAGCUUCCAACACUACAUGAAGAAUGGAGAAGGCACCAACUUUGUACUUCUUCAUUUUUGGUUCCACAUGCUCAUUGUGCUCCUACAUCAACCCACAUUGCUGAAGACCUUUGAGGGGAACAUGCUGCAGCUCUUCCCAAACUCACAGCAGCUGAGCAUGAGCAGUGCGAAGACUAUUGCCGACAUAUUGAGCUACUCGCAGCUCAUGGACGCCAAGGCUUCUCUGGGCAAUCCUUUCACAACCCAGCCGAUCUACAUUGCUGCGUGUGCCUUUUUGAAAGAAACUGCAGAGCAGACGGCAUCAAGUACAGCUCAAAGUCGAGCGAGUAGCCCUAAUCGGAGCAAGGACACUGCUUCAGAGAGUGCUCCAUCUACUAGCAGUGGCACUCCCUCUGAAGUAGGAAAGACAUCGACCUCGGCUUCAGAGAUGGGAGUAAAGCCAGAGAUAGGGGUGAGGCCAGAGAUAGGGGUAGGGGGGCCAAAGUCACAACUAGCCAAGCAUUCGCUUUUGGCGACUGCAGCAAGCCAGCACUACCAGCUGUGUUAUAAAGCAUUGCAAUCGCUAGAGACUUAUUGGGCGGGAACAAAGUACAUCCUGACUAUACUGGACCAGAAGUUUCAGGGUGUUGAAGAUCCACUGCUUUAUACUACCGAGGAGGGAGAGUGUUCGAUGGAACAGCCUCGUCCGGAGCCAUCAUUCACCUCGCCAGGAUGGCGAAGGAAGCUGAGCUGGGGUCCUUAUGCGGCGGCAGGGUCGCAGGUCUCAAUGCAGUCUCCCUUCUGGUCAUCGAAGGAUCCUGCGCGAGUUUCAGGUAGCGACAGCGGCGUUGAUCCUAGUAAAGCCAUCGGAUGGACCUUGACAGGGACGAUGAACUCUCCCUCUACCAAUCUUGCGUGGCACUAUGCUACCGGUUUUGGCAAUGGGGAGAAUGCCGAUCCGCGAAGGACCUCACGCAAUCCCGCAAACUUCCACGCUACCAUGAGCCAGGUAUCAAACGCACCCUCACGCAUGGAUCAGAAAAGCUCGCAAGGAGUUUCACAAAAUAACACGAUGGAAGUCGCCAGACACUACUAUCCUAGUAAGAUGGUUGUCGCCGGGCCCGACGCGGAUACUUCAAUGAACUCGAAGCCACAAUUCAGUCAACAGCAAGGCAGCGGCCAUUCCCCGGCUGCGUCUCUUGGUGUACCAUAUCAGCAACCACAGAAUCUGCAUCCUCAAAUAUCUUCUAGCAACAGCGCGGUGAUCGAAGGUAACAUGAUCCCGCCCUACGUGGCUCAAUCCACCUUCCCCGGCGGGCAAGAUGCACAAUUUCCGAUGAACUUCCUGAAUGGAGACAUGAUGAUCGAAUCACAAGACGUCGACAUGAGCAUGCUGGGAUUGGAUAUGAUGCCUUGGUUUGAUUCGUAUCCAGCACACGACUUGGUGGCGAGCUAUCCAUACGAUCCUACACAUCAUGUUGGAGGCGGUGCGGAAGGUUCAGGGAAUCGGCAAGAUGCCUAG